UUCCAAAGUUAAUAAUCGAAUUAGUAAUAAUGGAGUUAGUAAUGGAGUUAGUAAUGGAGUUAGUAAUGGAGUUAGUAAUCGAGUUGAUAAUCGAAAUUCUCUGGAAAAAAAGUUUCGUUUACGUGUACUUAUUUAUUCAGAUGAUUUACCAAUUCAUCUUCGACAUAAGGGAUCUGUACCCAGAGUUUCAAUGUCUGUGCCUAAACAUUUAGCAGAAAAAGCAUCUAAAAGACGAUCUAGAGAAGAAGGAAAACCCAAAGAGAAAAGUAUUAUUAUUACAGGAAGAGCUACAGUAGGUCAAGUUAUAGAGAAAGCUAUGAAUAAGUUUGGUAUAAAUGAAGGUAUUGUUGAUGAUGGUGAACAAAUAUUAGAAUCUGAUGGUGGAAUACCAAGAUAUAAUCUUAUGAUGAUUGUCGAUGGAAAAG